CGAGUUUGUGCCGCAGGGGUUGCUCAGCCCGGGACGCGGCCAGCGCUGCCCGUCCCGCCGGGAGCGGGACACAGCUCCGGUAGAUGGCACACGGGGCCAGCGCUCCGAAACCCGACACUGGGGACACUCCCCGAGAGCCAGGGGCCGAGCAGGAACCAGGAAAUACGAGCUCAGCCUGCCCGGGGAGCGCUCGGGCUCGGCGGGGAACGAGGGAGCGCCAUGGGCAACCUGUGCGGCUGCGGCCGGCGCUGGAAGUGUCCUUCACCUUUCAAAAGGAAGAAUGAAAAGCAAGGAGCUGAUGGGAGGCAGGAGGCUCAGCAGCAGCAGCCUGGCAGGAAGGCUGUCACAUCAGCAGUCCCCACGUAUGAGGACGUCCCAGAUGUCCCUGUCUAUGCCACGGUGAGCAGAGGCAGGGCUGUCCAGCAGGAGGAGAGCAUCCACUACGCCGACAUCCAGGUGUUCUGCAGGGCCCGGCAGCGCUCGGCGGCCGAGGUGAGGAGCCUGCAGCUGCAGAACGCCACCGAGUACGCCACGCUCAACUUCCCCAGGGCCAGGCUCAAGUACGACAGCAAAAAUGGGACCUUGGUCUGACAGAAGCCAUGGCCUCGCCCUCCUCCUUCAGCAGGAAAAAGGAGCUCACGGCUGCAGGGCCGAGGAAACCUCGUCUGAGAGGUGGGAGAGGUGUCAGCACCUCUGCCACCCAAACCCGGCCAAGGAGGAGACACUGCAGGCAGGGGGAGGAGGAGGAGGAGAGAGCCCCACAGAGGGGUGCUGCUGUGAGUUAGAGCCCAAAUUCCUGGGGGGAACCCCCCCGGAUUUUGCCAGUGAAGGGCUGGAGGUGCCCCUGUGGCAGCGCCGGAGCCUCGGCCACCAAGGCAGGCAAGAGUCAGACAUUGUCACUGCGAUGGUUCCCGUCUGAUUCUGCUGGCCAAAAACGCCUCCUCCCCUCGGGAGCUGCCCCUGGAGCUGGCACCCAGCUCCUGCCAGCCCUGCCAGGUGGCAGAGCUGCUGCUGGGCUGCUGCAGGCUCAGGGCUGCAGGCAGAAAAUCCCUGCGGUGGCACAGCCCCAGCCCUGGGGAGAGCUGCCCUUGGGAAUUCAGGAAUUCAGCACUAAGGGGAGGUUCUGGGGCUGCCCUUGGGAAUUCAGGAAUUCAGCACUAAGGGGAGGUUCUGGGGCUGCCCUUGGGAAUUCAGGAAUUCAGCACUAAGGGGAGGUUCUGGGGCUGCCCUUGGGAAUUCAGGAAUUCAGCACUGUAGGGAGGUUCUGGUGCUGCCCUUGGGAAUUCAGGAAUUCAGCACUGUAGGGAGUUUCUGGUGCUGCCCUUGGGAAUUGAGGAAUUCAGCACUGAAGGGAGGUUCUGGUGUGGGUUUUGUGUCAGUGCUAAAGCUCUGAGCAUGCAGAGCGACACGUGGGUGGUGCUGAGGAGAGAAGACCCUCAGCAGGAUCUGCUGCUCCAACCUCCUUCCCCUGGAGGUGCAGCCAGGCCCUGGGUGCAUCCCCUUGCCCCAAGAUCAGUGUUGCACAGCCAUGCACAGCAGCUGGCAGCCAGAAAUGCAGAAUUAGGAGGUACAGAAUGAUUUCUGUCACUCUGGGCUGUUCAGAGGUGAACCUCCCUCCUCUGUGCAAACAAGUGAGGAGUGAGUGAGCUCCUGGCUCUGACUGGAAGUGAAACAAGGGGAAAUUGGCAGUUCAGCUGCAGAUCAGUGCCUGUUUUUAGGGCAAUUCUCCGAGUCCAGCAGCUGCCUGGGGUACUGGGAAUGAACCCUGGGCAGCUUCAGACAAGACUUUGGACUUGGCCUCCACUUUUCCCUCAUUUUGUGCUGUCAGCCCUGGUUGUAACCCCAGUGACACUGAGCACACACCCAUGGGGCUCUCAGCUCCACCUCUGCUUGUGGAUUUGAAAUGGUGUCAAUAAUUCAGUGUAGCAAUGGUCCAAACUGGGCUCCCCAAACCCCAUCUGCACUAAAGCAAGGCCUGGCACAUUCUGCUCCUCAGUCAGGGCCUGCAGAGCAGAUUCUGGGGCAGCCCCAGUCACUGGCAGCGUUUAGAGAUGGUUCCUUGUACAAACACACAGAACUUUGGGUGGGAAAAGCACGAAGGAAUUCCUGCUCGUGCUGCAAAACAAAGCUGCUCCGGGCUGUGUUUGCCACGGUGGGAGUGUGUGAGGACCAAUCUUCCCAAUUCCCUACGUGUUUUAAUGAGUGCCCGAGCCCCUGGAAUGGUUCUUUAUCUCCCAUUCCCCAAGGAGCUCCAGCUUCUACACCACCCUCGGGCUGUUCCUGGAAGUACAGCUCAUCCUAAGGACAAUUCCAAGAGACAAUUCCACGCUCAUCCAAAGGACAAUUCCACGCUCAUCCUAAGGACAAUUCCAAGAGACAAUUCCACGCUCAUCCAAAGGACAAUUCCACGCUGCCAUUCCGGUGACUUUUCCCAGGUUUUCCGUGGGGAAUUGUGGAAGCCGCGUGUUCUGCAAUAGAGAUUUUUUGAAGGACUCGGUUUUGCACUGACUAUUGCAGUCUGCAGUGCCCGCGGCUGCCGUGUGUGCCAAACGGUGAUGUUUGAUGUGCCAUUAAAGAUGCGAAAUUCGGUUUUAA